AUGCUUGGAACGGUCAGUCACAUCAUCUCAAGACGCUUUGCGUCUCGAAUGGUAAAACCGGGCGUAAAAGUACCGAACGAGAUUCAUCUGGGCACCAAGGCAUCAAAUGUUGAAAAGAACCUUCCAAGAGAGCGUCGAGUCAAAGCUUGGGAGAAGGCUGGUGAGGAUAAGAACUCUUGGUUCAAAAGGAAAUAUGCACACGUCCAUGCAAGGGAAUCCAAAAGAGAGGCUGCACGUCAAACACACGUAAAGCGUAUGGUGAACGCUCAAUCUCAGCAUCAAGAUCACCGCGCAAAAUUCAGCAAGCGUAAUGUGAUUUCAAGUCUUCGGUCUAAUCCUCUUAUGGAGUACGUCUACGGCACGAACAGCGUGGUUUCGGCAUUGCGUGCCAACAAAAGAGAAUAUUUCUCCAGAAUUUUGUAUUAUGGUGGGCUACCUUUAGAGAUUCAGCAGUUGGCGAAAAGCGCAGGAAUAUCUCUAGAGUCGGUCGAUAAACACCGUCUAAACCUCUUGACGAACUACGCAGUUCACAAUAAUGUGGUGUUGGAAACAAAGUCUUUACAACUACCCGAAAUCAAAGCGCUAGGACCGUAUAACUUGGAAAACCAAACAUUUUCCUAUCAAGAGUCGUUCUUUGACGAGCUUCAAGAAAGGAACCAAGAGUUCAUCGUCAAAGAGGGCAAACAGUUUCCGCUGGGCAUCUUCCUGGAUGAAGUGGUCGACCCGCACAAUCUGGGCGCUAUAAUCAGAAGUGCAUAUUUCCUAGGCGCAGAUUUCAUGGUGCUCUCUCGCCGAAACUGUGCACCCUUGACACCUGCGGUCUCAAAAACUAGUAGUGGUGCUACUGAGCUUUUGCCAAUAUUCACAGUCGAUAAACCAUUGGAUUUUUUCACAAAAUCACAAACAGAAGGUGGCUGGACGUUUGUAGCAAGCGGUAUGACCAAGAACGACAAAUUCAGCCAGAAAAAAAGGCUAGGGGCUAGUGACCUACGCGGUAUGUUGCAGGAACUACCAGUGAUGCUUGUAGUCGGCAACGAGGGUGCCGGUGUGCGUACUAAUCUCGAAAUGAGAAGUGAUUUUUUGGUGGAGAUUCCUCAAGGCCGCGAAACGUCUGGCACGUCGUCCGUAGACUCUCUAAACGUGAGUGUUGCGACAGCAAUACUCUUGAACAAUCUUCUCAACUAA